AUGAUUCUCAAAUAUCGACAGAGGAACCACGAACGUCGACGUCAAGAACUACAGCAGCAGAGGCCUGGUGACCAUGCAAUUCGGGGCGGCGAGGGGGCCACGGCCUUGACGCCUCUGCCCCAAGCAGCAACGCCCGGACAACCAACAUGGCAUGCGAAAGUUAUAAAACUGGAAGAACUGAAUGAUCUGUUUCCCGUAAUUGAGUAUGGGAUGACAAAGCACUGCGGUAUUGUACAGCCAAAGACUGCAGAUAGUGCACGCCCGGCUGCUGGUGAUUCUAGUGAAGCCGAUAAGACGACCAUCGCCAAGGAUCAACCAGAUCGAGCACGUAAUGGCGUUUCGAAUACGAAUACAGAUUCUGGGUUGUCUGAGCACCUGGUUGAGAGCCAAAGACAAGACGUCGCCAACCCAAAUGACUACUGUGCGAUCUGCUUGGAUGCCCUUCAGGAAGACAGCAUGGUCAGACGCUUGACCUGCAACCAUAUGUUCCACUCGACAUGCAUCGACCCUUGGCUCACUGGACGUACUGCGCAAUGUCCAGUUUGCAAGACCGAGAUGAUUUGA